GCUGGGACCCUUCACCCCACCCCACCCCCCCCCCCCCGGUUGCAGCAGAUACAAGCUGGAGCUGAAGGCAAUGAGGACGGGCAGGCUGGUCCGGAUAGCAGCCCUGACUUGCCUGGGAUCCUUUCUGCUGCUUGUCCUCUACUUCCAAGGAGGUUUCAGCCCAGCUGCUGAUCGGCAGGUUCAGAAAGGGAUUUGGCCGGGAAAGGGAAAUGGAAUCCGGCAGCGCUACAAUAGCGAUAAGUUUACCCGCUCCAGUGCCCAGCAGGUUCACCAGCGCCGGCGUGCCAUGCUGAACAAAAACUGUGCUGCCCACAAUCGGCUGAACCGCAAACGCCGCAUCCUGAACCCUGAUGACCUGCGGCACCUGAUUGUCGAUGACCAGCACGGGUUACUGUACUGCUAUGUCCCGAAGGUGGCCUGUACCAACUGGAAGAGGGUGAUGAUGGUGCUGACCGGAGGUGGCAAGUACAGGGACCCCAUGACCAUCCCGGCCAGUGAGGCCCACGUGACGUCCAAUCUCCGGACACUGGACAGCUACAGCAAUGCCGAGAUCAACUACCGGCUGAGGAACUACCUCAAGUUCAUCUUUGUGCGUGAGCCUUUUGAGCGCUUGGUGUCCGCAUAUCGUAACAAAUUCACUCGCCGAUACAACACCGCCUUCCACAAGCGCUACGGGACCAAGAUCAUCCGGGAACACCGGCGCGAUCCCAGCUCGGAGGCUCUGGAGCAUGGCGGGGAUGUGACCUUCGAGGAGUUUGUCUGGUACCUGGUGGACCCCAAAACGCGGAGGGAGGAGCCCUUCAACGAGCACUGGGAGACGGUCUACUCACUGUGCCACCCCUGUCUCAUCCGCUACGAUGUGGUGGGCCGUUAUGAGACGCUGCUGCGUGAUGCCAGUUACCUCCUGGAUCUUGUCGAACUCGACCAUCGUGUCAAGUUCCCCUCGUCCAAUGUUUCUUCCCGGACCACAGAUGACAUGACAGCUAAGUUCUUCAAGAACAUCUCCCCUUUCUACCAAAAGAAGCUCUACAAGUUGUACAAACUAGACUUCACCUUGUUUAAUUACUCAGUCCCUUCCUACUUGAACAUACACUGAGAGGCCCAGAGCCUCCUGUCAUUAUUAUGAACUGGGAUAGGAGCAGCGGUGACUCCCUGAGGUCAGCCUCAUCCAACAACUGUGAAAAAGCCGGGUUAGGGUUUGGAUGGCGUCUGGAAAUUAACUUAUUUUGAAUUAAUCUUUUUUUCUUUCUCAGUCGGCAGUGAUUUACCUCCCACACCGCACCCCCAUUACCCUGUC